CAUGUCUUCCUCCGGUUCUGCCGCCCCUCAGCCCGAAUUCCUAAUUACUGUCGCCACUCAUCGACGGGUUGGCAAGUACAUACAGCUGGCAGGCUUCGUGAUCCUGAUUUACGACCAUGUCUUGACUUUCCCUCGUGAGCUCGAGAGGAUCUGGAAGCAGAAAUUGACUGGGGCUUCUUUACUGUUUCUGCUCAACCGAUACAUUACCCCAUUCCAGUAUGUCGUAAUCAUCACAGCGUUUCAUCUUCCUCGAUGGAAAGGCAAACGAUGCGAUGACUUCGUUCAGUUUGAGGGUGCUCUGAGUGGUGCAAUGUCUAGCGUUUGUCAAGCGGUCAUGAUCCUACGUGUAUAUGCUCUGUAUAUGCGCUCGAAUCGAAUUCUCGCGUUUCUGUCAGUGCUGUGGAUAGGACAUAUCCUAAUAACAGCUAAAGGUGUAGGCACGGGCAUCGCGGUGCCGCUUCCACCUGGUCCUGCUUUUGUCGGAUGCGUUUUAACGGGCCCUAAUAACUGGUUCGCUGCGGUUUGGGUCAGUCCACUGGUGAUAGAUACCACCAUCUUCCUCUUGACACUCUGGCGUACUCGCCAAUACUUGAAACUGUCGGAGAGAAUACGUGUCCUGAAUAUCUUCGUACGGGAUGGGAUAAUGUACUUCUUCGCCAUUUGCCUCAUGAAUCUCGCCAAUGCUUUACUCUUCUUGCUAGGACCAGAGAGUCUAAAGCCUGUGUUGGCACCUUUCAGCGCCAUGAUGACUGCUACGUUGAUUUCGCGCCUCAUCCUUAACCUUCGCUCAACCGGGCAUUCUCUCGUCGCGACGAACACCAUGUCACCAACUCGAAUGUCCCCGCGACGGAAAGAAACUGUCAUCCUAGAUACUGUCGUCUCGAUGGCGAUAGGGAAUCUGGGCGAAGACUUCGAAACAUCCAGUGAACGCUCAACCUCAUCGCAAGACCACGACGACCACAAUUGCGACACUAACUGGAGUGCGCGCUCGCGACCAUAUAUCUUUCCUGUGUA